UGUGUAAAAUGCUGUUUAGAGUCCAACGAUUUACUAUUAUUCAACUCUUAUUCCCGCUCGCUCCCCUUGCUUGAGCACGAUCUGGCAUCUAGGAUCGAUUGCUCUUCCUUGGGUCCCUGGAUGUUAACGCUGAAUUUCAUGCAUUGAAUUUUGCAUAUCUAAUUUUUUUAACGUUAAAUAAUAGUAGGAAGUCGGAUUCAGGGAGACAUACCUAUUCAAUGUUUUACCUUUGGACAAAAGUAAUAGGCCUGCCAUACGAAAUAGUGUUAUUUUAUACUACUCGCGUUGUCAAAAUAUUUACCAGGAAGGAGAUUUGAUCUGUAAUUGCGAUAUAGUUUUAUCUGGAGACGCUUAUUUGGGUGGCUACAGUGUGACAACAAUUAGGCAAGGCAAGGCAACUUUAUUUAUAUAGCACUUUUCAUACACAAGGCAGACUCAAAGUGCUUCACAUAUAAACAUUGUCAUACAAUAAAAUAAAAUAAUAGGUAAGUAAAAGAAAAACAUCCGCAAAAAAAAAAUAGAAGUUAAAAUAAAGGCAAAGUUAAAAAAGCUUUUUUAGAAAGUGCAAUGUCUUUAAGAUUUAGCAGAAAGCUAUAGCAAACAUAAAAGUCUUCAGUCUUGUUUUAAAGGUGCUCAGAGUUGGGGCAAGUCUUAAAUCCUCUGGGAGUUUAUUCCAGCUAUUUGUUGCGUAGUAACUAAAUCGUGCUUUCCCAUGUUUUGUGUUUACUCUGGGGAUAAUUAACAGAUUGGUCUCAGAGCUUCUUAGUGGUCUAAAAGGCUGAUGUAGUGGAAGCAUAUCAGUUAAAUAUUUUGGGCCUAAACCAUGUAGGGAUUUAUAGGUAAGCAACAUGAUUUUAAAAUCAAUUCUCUGACCUACAGGAAGCCAAUGUAACGAUUUCAGAAUUGGUGUAAUAUGAUCAAAUUUUUUGGACUUUGUUAGAACUCUAGCAGCAGCAUUCUGAACAAGCUGAAGCUUCCUCAGAGUUUGUUUUGGGAGACCUGUAAGGAGACCAUUGCAGUAAUCAAGCUUACUAGUGAUAAAGGCAUGUACAAGUUUUUGUAAGUCUUCGGUGGACAUGAGCCCUCUAAGUCUUGCUACAUUUUUAAGGUGAUAAUAUGCCGAUUUUGUAACUGAUUUGAUGUGACUGUCAAAAUGUAAAUCUGAAUCCAUGAUAACCCCUAGAUUUCUGGCUUUGAUUGAGGUUUUCAGGGACAGAGAGUGAAGGUGUUGGGUUACUUUAAGCCUUUCCGUUUUAGAACCAAAUACAAUUAUCUCUGUUUUGUCCUCAUUGAGAUUGAAAUUUCGGCACAUCCAUUCCUUCACUUGCUCAAUGCACUGGCACAGCAGAUCUAUGGGCCGAUAGUCAUUUGGUGAUAGCGAUACAUAGAUUUGCGUGUCAUCAGCAUAGCAAUGAUGGUCAAUAUUGUUAUUUUGCAUGAUUUGCCCUAGUGGGAGCAUGUAGAUGUUGAAUAAAGAGGGUCCUAAGAUCGAACCUUGUGGGACUCCACAUGUCACGUUGGUUGAUUCUGAUACAAAGUCGCCAAUGGAAACAAAGUAGUUCCUAUUUUGUAGGUAGGACCUGAACCAAUUUAAGACAGUGCCUGAAAGCCCCACCCAGUUUUCUAACCUUUCCAGAAGUAAUGUAUGGUCUACAGUGUUGAAUGCAGCACUGAGGUGGAGUAGAUAAAACCUGUUGGUCUGCAUGCAUGAAAAACGUCAUGAAAGAGAAUAUUCUAACCAAUGAAAAACAACGCAAGAUAAAGGAAGUUGGUGAGGUCAAAACAAAGCAGAUUCAAAUUGGUUUAUAAUGCAUCUGAACAAAUGUACAUAGCCCAAGCUGACCCAGAACUAUGGCAGGCUAUGAAGCCAGCUCCCCAGGGCCGGAUCUGUCUGAUGAGCAGCUCCAGGAUGUUGCAAAAACUCUGCGACAGAAGUGGGAGCAGGUGGCCCUCCACCUGGGGCUGAAGAAGGAAGAUCUGGACGAGAUCAAGAAGGAAAAGAAAGAUGAGUACAUGCAGAGACGGAACAUGUUGCGGCUGUGGAAGGACCGAAGACCAGGAAAGGCCACAGCUCAGGACCUGCUGAGAGGUCUGGAAGACAUGAAGGACCUAUCUGUCGAGACUUGUCUGUUAUUGGAAGAACUUAGAAGGAUUCGCUCUGAAUUAAUCAACAGGUUGUCGGACGACGAUGUCAUCGGUCUCCUGCAUUACCUUAGAAAGAAGAAUGUGUUGAAUGGCCAGGAGGAGAAGACUGUAGAGGGCCAGAUGACCAGUGAAGACAGAGCACGUUGUCUCAUUGACACGGUGAUGAGGAAAGGGGAGAGAGAAAGUCGCCUGAUGGUUGAUUAUCUGACGGAGAGGCACCCUGACCUAUGCUGGACCCUGGGUCUGACCCCAACUUCUGCCUGGAUCAGGUUUCGUAGGAGUCAGAAGUCAUUCAGUAGAAAGGAGGGUCCUGGUCUGAUGUCCCCGUCUCGGCCCCUCAAAAUGCAUGAAGGCGACAGCGAGCUGGGGACGAGUCUCGAAGACACAGCAAGCAUGCCCCAGGUGGACAGGUACGAAGAGGAGGAUGGUUCUGAUUCUGAGGAGAUGCACUUCAAGUCACAUUGUGAAAAAUGUAAAGCAGCUCAGCAGAGUCCUGAGUAUAAGAAGGUUACCCCAACAAAGAUUACUAAGUGGAGCUUCGAGCUACAGCUGGAAGGCGAGGGGACCUAUGAGUGUUCGGCUACAGGUCUGGUGUUUGAAGUGUCGGAGCAGGCUCUGGUCCGCUACUCGGUCCUGUCCUGGUUCCAAUUCUCUGAUUUCCUCAAAGACUCCUGGAGACCUGCUGGAUCGAUUUAUGACGUGGAUGUGGUCAACAAGGAUCCAUCUGUGCUCAAGUUUAUCCAUUUCCCACACUCUCUGUGCCUUGCUGAACCUUUGCGUGAUCUGAGCUUCAGUGUUCUGCACGUAAAGGAUCGCCAUGCAGACAUUGAGUCGACGGUGGGCUUCACGGCCAGCCAUGUUGAAUGGCGCGUGUCCUCGCUUUCUCUCCUGGGUGUCAUUCGGAGUUGCUUUCUGUGCAAUCGGAAUUGGAAGCACCAUGGGUUGGUGCUGAUUUACAAGGAGCUGAACAAAAAAGACUUCAUCCUCCGAGUGUAUUUGGGCUCGAACAGCAGUUCUGAGAUCAAGGCUAUUGAAGAACAGGUGCUCAAGGCCAGGAAGAAUGGCAUCAAGAUUACAGAAACAUACAAACAUCUCACCUGUAGGCUGGAAGAGAAGUUCUACUGCCUCGCAAGUGAGCCAGAAGGACAAAUUGAACCCACGGAUCUUGAAUUCACCACUGCAGUGUUGGGACUGAAGGGCUUUUUUAGAGUACGCUUCAGGAAGCUUCCUCCUUUCAGAUUGUUUCUCAAGGACUCCUUGAUAAACGAACCUUUACCCUUUUUGAUUUUUACAAUCGAAGAAGAGGAUUGGCACAGUGAGGAGAAACCAGAAGUGACAUCUGAUCUCCCAUCUUCACCUCGCCUCUCUCUGGAGCAUCCUGCAGGACAUCCAACAUCCAGCACCACAUCCAGCCCUCCAGCCACCUCCAGGGCAACACAGGCUGCAGGACAUCCAACAUCCAGCACCACAUCCAGCCCUCCAGCUCCCUCCAGGGCAACACAGGCUGCAGGACAUCCAACAUCCAGCACCACAUCCAGCCCUCCAGCUCCCUCCAGGGCAACACAGGCUGCAGGACAUCCAACAUCCAGCACCACAUCCAGCCCUCCAGCCACCUCCAGGGCAACACAGGCAGAAGGGGAGCUUCGAGGGAUCCGUUCUGAAUUCGUGAAGAGAGUUUCAAUCUCAGUUAUCAGAGGUCUCCUGGAUGAUCUUUGGCAGCAGAAGGUGUUCAGUACUGAGGACAAGGACUCUGUGAUGGAGGAGCAGAGGAGCACAACAGACCGGGCACGUUUUCUGAUCGAUAAGGUGAUGAAGAAAGGGGAGAGAGCAAGUCAGGUGAUGAUUGAUAGUAUGAAGGUUAGGGACAAUCCCUUAUGCAUCACCCUGGGUCUGUAGCCUGGCUAUUGACAGACCAAGCUCAAUCGCACGUUGGCUCUCUUCCCCUACAGAUGGUGUGGGUGAGUUGUAACUAUGAACGUAUUUUUUAAAGAAAUUGUCACCACCGACUUUGUUUAGACAGGAGGUAAUUGUUGAACACCUGUUAAGAAUAGGACCUCCUGCCUGUGCUAAUACCUACACAGACAGACAGACAGACAGACAGACAGACAUACUAGGUAUGAGAAAGAAAAUUCCAAACUCGAGUGAUCGAAUGAAUUCCUCAAGGAUCAAUCAAGUACUCGUUUAAUCAAAUCUAUUUUUAGAAUGCAACGCAUCUGCAGCAGGAAUAGGCCUAAUGAUGAACGGCAAUAUUACCAACCAAACAAUGCUUAUUCUCAAUUCUCAGUUAUCAGAGUAUCCACCAUAUAUUUUUGCAAAAGUUCAAAACACAUUUUCCUUACAAAAAUAAUAAAACGGCAGCAAAUGAACUAAAAAAAUACUCAUUGCCGUGAUCUUCUCUCCACGGACGGGAUUACAGCAGCGUCUUGCGGCGGUGAAAAUAGCUGACACAUUUGGUUGCUGCGGGUCUGCUUUCCUGAACUCACCAUUGUGUUUCAGGAGUAUAUGUUGCCACAUAGUACUUGCCGCAUAGUACUCUGGUAGCUCAAUUUCACUUGGCAUAUUUUACAUUUCAUCUUAUGAUCUAUUUCUGUAAAAUAUUUCCAUUCUGGGCUGCGCUCUAACCGCCAUCUCUUAACUUUUUUAAUUCUGGCGUUGUGCACACGGCACGUGCCACAGAGAAAUUUGAUGCAUUUAAUUUGCUUUGUGCACACAACACGCGCCAGUGGCACCGCACAGAAAAUGUAUACAUUUGCUUCGGAAACUUUAUUAGAUUAAACUUCAUUUUGUGUGUAUAUGCAAACUCGAGUUUGCCUGUCCACCAACCGAGUUGUACUCGAGUAAUCGAUUCCUCACACCCAUCCCUAAUGCAUACAUAUAUAAAGUCUACCAAGCUUUUCCUCUCGGGUAGGCCUACCUACUAUAUCCAGAUAUAGGAGGUUGGCAGGUUGGCUUGUAAACAGAAGGUCGCUAGUUCGACACCUAACCCUAACUGCUCCCGAUGAGCUGAUGGAACAUUGCAUGGUCAACUCCGCCGUGUGUAUGAAUGGUUGUGUGUCGCUUUGGAUAAAAGCGUCUGCUAAAUGCCUUAAAUGUAAAAUUUGUAAACAUAUUCAAGUUAUUUUUGUAUGGUUGUGAUCACAGACUUUGUAAAACAUGUUGACAUUAUGCCACAGAAAGAUUUUGUCUUUGCUUCGACAUUUUUGAUAAUCCACAAUGACUAAAAUAAACUUUAAUCAUUUUCCCCAAGUGGCAGCUAGCAUUGGGUCAUAUAAUCUUUUUAUGUACGGUAUAUAAAUUAUACAUGUUAACAUGGAUAUAACCAAACUCCCACUCUCAGGGUUUUGACCGUCACAUUAUCCUGACCCAGGAAAGUUCAGACAUCUGUUUGGGGGAAAAUAAAAAAAUUAAAAUUGUGGAAA